GGCCAUGAUGGCUUCUUGUCUAACACGCCCGAGCCCGACAUGGAAAAUUUUCAAUGUUGUUUUUUAGUAUUUGUGACUGAGUGUGUGUAAAUAAAUAAGGCGGGAAUGUACUGACAAGCCUCUUAAUAAGUUCUGUGUCGGACUCGGACCGUCCAAGUGUCUGUUCGCCCGUGAAACGCGAUUUUUGAUGUUCGUUGUAUACUUCACAUGGUGGUGCCCUCCUCAAACACAAACAUCAUGUCCAAGCUUUCUUUUCGGGCCAGGGCCCUCGAUCCAAGCAAGCCCAUGCCGAUUUAUUCGGAAGCGGAUGUGCCUGAUUUACCGGAAUAUGCGGCUAACAGGGCUGUGCCCCAAAUGCCCACGGGAAUGCAAAAAGAAGAGGAAUGUGAGCAUCACUUGCAGCGAGCAAUAUGUACAGGACUUAUCAUCCCUACACCAGAAGUCACCAAGGUGCCAGAGUGCGAACUCUCUUAUCCUUCCAACUACAAGCAGCCUAGGCAGCUUAUUCAUAUGCAACCGUUUACUAUGGAACAAGAAAUUCCGGACUACGACAUGGACACAGAUGACGAACGUUGGUUACAAGUCCAAAAACCUCGGCUAGAUCUUAAUAUCCUAAAGUUCGAAGAAAUGAUGGAUAGGUUGGAAAAAAGCAGUGGUCAGACUGUGAUAACUUUGGCAGAAGCUAAAGCUCUAUUAAAAGAAGAUGAUGAGUUAACCAUUGCUGUGUACGAUUAUUGGUUGAAUAAACGGCUUAAACUGCAACAUCCCCUUAUAUCAGUAGUACGUACCGAGCACCGUACUGGCAUAGCAGCCAACAAUCCGUAUAUAGCUUUCAGGAGGCGCACUGAGAAAAUGCAAACUCGUAAAAAUCGCAAAAACGACGAAUUUUCUUACGAAAAAAUGCUCAAAUUACGCCGAGAUUUACUCAGAGCUGUCACAUUGCUUGAACUGGUGAAGAGGCGGGAAAAGUGCAAAAGGGAAUACCUCCAUUUGACAGUGGAGGUGUUUGAAAAAAGAUUUCAGGCCAGGGACUAUAAUGGUGCUAUUGUUGCUGAGGCUGUAGGAUCAAAAACUGCUGUAACACCCAGACCAGCUUUCACACCAAUUUUCCACAACCACAACCAGAGUUGGGCGGAUGUCGCUGGUCCGCAGACUCAAGCUACCCACCAACAUCAUUACAAAACAACAAUCAGAGAUGAGAUGUUAGGGCGUCGUGAGAAACGUCAAUACAAAAAACGCAAGCAUAAAUCCCGUGCUGUCGAAGGCCUGUCAUCUGACGAGGAAAGUUCCCUAGGUGCACCACCGAUAGAACCUACACCAGAACCUGAUCAAAAGGAUGAGGGUCCAUACAUUUUCAAACGUAAGAAACAAGUUAACUACCACUAUGGAGGGCCUCUAGGAAAAUGUUCUUCCAGACUGGAAAAAGGUGUUGAGGAUCAGUACUUCAUGACGUCACUAUCUAACAGAAGACCUGUCGGAUUUGUCAGAAAGAGAAUGGGAAGAGGUGGGAGGGUUAUCUUGGAUCGUCCAGGGGCAAAUGAUGAUUUCUGGAGAGGGUUAAACUAUACAAUAAGAGAACCCAACAUGAAUGGAGCUUUGACUGAGGAUGAUUCAAUAACAAACAAAAAGUUAGGAACGGAAAUUGUAGAGUAUAAUAAGGACUGGGCGCAGAAACAACGUGUCCCUCAUCACAGUGGUUACAGUGAUUCAAUUACUGAUAUAAAAUCACAGAUAAAAUCAGAUAUAAAAUCAGAGAUGGAAUUAGAGAUAAAAUCAGAUGUCGAAAACCCUCUAGAACCUACAAAUUUCAAUAAUUUAAUAGCUAAAGGUUUUAAUAUUGAUAAUAAAGAAACAGUGGAACUUUCACCAUCACUUCCAAGGAGUUUGUACCAUUUCAGGCCCAAAACGCCACCUCCUGGCUCUGACCGUCCAUGUCAGUUAUUACAACCUGACUCGAAUUUCAUUGAGCCAUUCCAAAUGGAAAUACAGCAUUUGCUUCCGCUUAGCGAUGCUGUUGUUGAUCAUUCACCGUUUCUUACUGAUGAAAUCGAUUUGCAAACUCGCUGGUUGGAUAAGGGACCACAAGGUCCGAUUUUUGAAGACUACGUUUAUGAAGAACAAAAAAAGAAGAAAGUGGAUUCAUUCACAUCAAGUCGUGUAUCCAUUUAUGAUGCCAGUGGGGAGAUACCGCAACCAGAAGAUGACGAAUUGAUGGAGGUGAACGACGAGUUGGAUUCAACUGAAGAGGAGGAGAUAGAGACAACUGAUGAAGACGAGGCAGAGAUAGGAGUGGUAGAAGCAGCAGUUGACGAAGACAGGGUGUAUAGUCCUAGAAAUGGGCAGAUGCCAAAACUUGGCUUUGAAGCUGAUGUACCUACUUUGGGUCAUAGACAUACCCAUAGCAUCAAUAAGUACGCCAAUGUCAGCCUAGUGACAACAGCACAAUCUGUCACGAUUGAAAGUGCCAACGAUAUCCUAAAAUUGGAAGAAGCCCAAAAAACACCCCAAGUGAUAAACAACAGCAAACCCAUGGAGGUGACAUGAUGUAGGCCAGUCCCUCGAGGGUUUUCAGUUGGGCGUAAUCGGAUUUUAAAUACUCUUCAAGAAAGAGAGAGAUGAAUACAAGAAGUACACAUACCCAACUAAGAGUCUUUCAUGUAUAGGGUUUUUGGAUUGGUUAUAAAUUGACCACCCACUUGACUUGUUUAUUUUAGUUAGGAGCUAAAAAAGUUCAAUAGAGGAGUGGAUUUUGGUUAAAGCAGGCUUUUAUCCGAUAUCCGUUUAGUUUAUGCAAGGUGAUCCUAUUGAUGAAAAACCCUGUAUAAUUUAAUUUAUUUUGUUUCAUCUUUUCUUCCUGAUUCUAAAUACAAAAUACAGUUUGUUGGGUCUUCUUUAGUUUUUUACUGAUUACGUUUUAUUUAAAUAAUAUUUUCUGUUGAUCAGUAUAGGAGGCUAUGCUUGCUACAACGCUAUUUCUAUAGUGGGUGGUCAAUUUAUAAUCAAUAACCCUGACACACAACGUUUUUUGUGUUUAAGAAAAAUCAAUACGCUUGGUAGUAAAAUGUGUUCAAGGAUGAGUUUUCCCCUGACCGUCUAUUUUUACUGUGAGUGAAUUCGGAAACUACAUUUUUUUGCGCCGCGAAAUAUGAAACAGAUGACAGUUCAAAUGACCUGAUGGGCUCUUUCACCUAAAUUAAAAUAUGUAUGUAGUUUACACAUAAAAUCUUAAAUGAGGGACUAUCAAGUAUAAAAAAUUUCUAUGAGGUUAAAUAAGUUUUCUACAGGCACUUCAAAACUGGACAAAUUUAAAAUGAUUCAGACGCGCCAGACGAUGAUUAAAAAUGAUUCCAAUAAAAUCUAGAAUCAUGGAAAAAAAAUAAAACUGAAAAUAAAAAUUAAAUUAAAUUGUGUAUUAUAAUAAUUUAAUGUUUUUUCAUAAAACCUUGAAUCCAUAAUCAAUCAUUGAGUUUUUUUUGGUAAUAUGCCAACAUUUUUGAAUCAAACUAGUACAGGGUGUCCCAGCCGAAAGUGAACCAUUUUGAAUGGUUAUAACUUUUAAACCAGGUGUGCUAGCUACCUGCGGUUUGCGCCAUUCGAUUUCUCUUGGUCUAAAGUUUUUUCUAGUAGGUUGCAAACUUUUUUGAAACAAGCAAAGUAAAAAAAAUAAUGUUCAAGGUAUCCAUGUACGAAUAGACAUAGUCCCUAAAACUUGAAAUUUUAGCCGUGAAAAAUCCAAAUCGAAAUCUUGGUAUUUUUGCAAAAGCAUAUUUACAAAGCUUGGAACUUAUGUUUGCCUAAUAAAAAGUUAAUAAAAACUGCAUAAAACUAUACAUUAUUAUUAUGUGUUUGAUGUUUCCAAUCCAUAAUCCAUUCUGUUUCAGGCAUUUAUGAAUCAGUAAAUGGGUGAAUGACUUGUGUAACAUUUCCUGGGGAAUCACUUCAAUGACAUUAGAAAUGUUCCGCUUAAGAUCUUUCAAGCUAUUUGAGCAAGGGAUUACAGCAUCUUUCCUUGACAUAACUCCAGAGAAAAAAGUGUGGAACUCUCAAGUCAGGAGAGUAAGGUGUCCAUCCUAUAGGACCUCCAUAUCCGUCUUUCCCCAAAUGUCAUAUCUAGUGAUUCCCUUGCUAUUAAAGAAUAAUGAGGUGGGGGCACCAUCCUGCUGGAAAUAGAUAUCAUCCAAGAUACCCUCCUGACUUAACUGUGGAAAAAAGAACAUAUCAGUGUAUACAAUUUCUGUUAUGGUUGGUUCAUUAAUGGAAAUGGUCUGUAUUUUUUCUUGAUAGAGAUUGCACACCAAACUGUUACUUUUGGGGUAUGUCUAUUUUAACUUAAUUGAUAUCUAACUAGACAGUUACAAAAAUCUUUGUCAUAGUGAUGUCAAACAUGAAGUUGCAUGCGUUUGCAAAAAUACCAAGAUUUCGAUUUUGAUUUUUCACCUUCUAAAACUUCAAGUUUUAGGGACUGUCUAUUGGUACAUGGAUACCUUGAAUAUUAAUCUUUUUUUUGACAUUGUGAUAUACAGGGUGUUCAAUUGAAAAUAGUGGAGAAUUUUGAUGUUGAAAAACUGAUUUUUUUUCACUUGCCCUGUAUAAGUUUCAAAAAAAUUUGCAACCUACUAAAAAAAACUUUGGACCAAGAGAAAUCGAAUGGCGCAAACUGCAGGUAGCUAGCAUACCUGGUUCAAAAGUUAUAUCCAUUUAAAAUGGUUCACUUUCGGCUGUAUUAAACAUUUUUAAUGCUGACAAUGAGUAGCCCACUGUCAGUAUUCCAGUUGUGACGUAUUAAAAAUAAAAUGCUUGUUUUUAUUCAGAGAGUUUUCUUCUUUUUCCAUUUUCUCUAAAAGGGAAAGGACUCAAAUUUAAUAGCCCAUUGACAUGAAUUUAGACCAAUCUCUCUAAAGAAUUCAGUAAACAAAUUUGUAAGGAAUAUAAGGCGAUAAAGACAAAAUAUGUUUUUAUUUUAGGUCGUUUCUGCAAACCAGGAGCAAGUUACAAACACAAACUUGUAUUUCUUAAGCUGAGGAAGUCAAGAAAUUGAUCAGCGCUUAAUUCAACUGGCCGUCUGCGUUUUCAUCUUCAAAAAAUAAAAAAAGGUCCCAUGCAAAUUUUGUUACGUACAUGAUUUUAGUAUUGAAUGCCAAAACCAAACACAAUGCAAAAAAUCUUUCCUUGGGGUCGGUCCGUCGUCAUAUAUGUCAAAAUUUAAUUUGAGACCGUUUGCUAAUGGCCAAGAACACACUCUGCGGUCACGUAUCCAUCUGUGAAAAAUUUAUCGCCUCUCGGAUGCAGUUUUCGAACUCGGCCUGUAUUAAAGUGAAAGUGCGUUUUAUAAGAACGAUUUCAACACGUUUUGGUACCUCAUUUGGUUGGUCAAAAAUGUACCAUGUAUGAAUGAUGGGUGUGAAUGAAGGGCAAAAAGAGUAUUAAACAAAAUAUUGGUUAGGGCGUGAUUUUUUUUCUAUGCAUCAUACUGGUAAUGCUUUUUACACAUUACAUUCAAGUGUGAUUUUUUAAAAAUCUCUAUAUUAUUUAUUUUUAGUCCCCCUCCUUGUAUAAUUGUAAAAAUAUUAACAUAAUACUUUCGGUUUAAGUUUAAAAAAAUCGUGAAAAAGGCUGUUAAAACCACUACUAAUUUUAGUAACUUAUUAUUUUUGUGAAUAGUAUAGGUUAAUUCUAUCUUUCUGACCUUGCCUUUUUGGCACAGUGUCAUAGUAAUUUUAUUUCCUCUCAGAACAUUUUGAAUGGUGUUCGGCAAGGUUGAAACUAACUUUACAGCUGAAUAGUUUGACUUAUACAAUGUUUUUAGUAUUAUUGUUGAGACAAGAAGUUUAACUUGAACUCCGCCCAUUUUACUUCUUGAAAAAUUGCAAUAUUCAUUUAUUAUUAUUAUUAUUAUGUAAUUUUUUUUAAUUAUAAUUUUAAUUUUCUCAAUUUUCACAGAAGAUAUAUUUGGAAUUUUGUAAUUGAAUUUUUUGGUUUUGAAACAAUUUAUAAAUGAUAUUUGUUUGUGUACUUAUUGUGAAGUUUGUUUUAUUUUUCUAGCAGAGUUUUAGUUUUGCUGAACAUUUUUUUUCUAGUCAAAACUCUUUUAGUUUUCUUUUUUUUACAACAAAAAAUUAUGACAAAAAUUGAGUUUCUGAAUCUAGUUCUCUUCAAUCUAGGAAUCAAUGGUGCGAAAUAAUAAAAAAAUACCUAGAUUUAGUGACGCUCCUUUUUUCCUUUUUGAUUGAAAGUUACUAAAAAAAAAUAAUUGUCUUACGGGUCUACUAUAAAUAAAUAAAUAAAUGAAUGAAUAAAAACGAUAUCUUAUUGUUGUGGUUUUCAUUGUAAUAAAAUAGAAAAUCUAAAUGUGAAUAACUUGUAAAUAUCUAUUUAGGUAGAUAUGUGUAAAAAAAAUUAAAAAUGUAAAAAUAAAAAACCUUUUUUGGCAGGACCUGUUAAAGGUUUUCUGUAGUGUAAAUCGAGUUUGUAUGUGUUUUAUUUUGAUCCCUCAUUGUUUUAAAACUUUUCCGUUAAAAUUUAUGUAGGGAAAUAACUUAUACAAACAACGAGAGAUGUUUUUAACAAAAAAUAUUUUACAAAAAUUUAAAUGAGAACAAUAAUUAGCGAUUAAAAUUUAACUACUGACUAACUAACUAAUGGUUGUGGCUAUAUUUAUAUUAGGUCUCGGCUUGACUUUCGAUGCUGUUGACUCAGCUGAUGACGAUCAGAUAACUCCUCCAUCCUCAGAAAGAGGGGUAGGUAGAUUGAUGGCUGGGCUUCUGCACAGGAGGUGGUUUGCUUUCUUCCAUUUCAUUUUUGAAUUAUGUGUCUGCCCAUGAUAUAUCCAACUAUGGCUAUUACAAUCACAUAAAUGAAUAAAGUCCAAAUACUGGGUGGUCUUGGAAUUGUGGAGGUAAACUGUGGGGGUUCAUUAUUAUCGAUUUGGUUUUUUAUUUUGUGGAGCUUGUCAAGUUUGAUUUCCUGUAAAUGAAAACUCAAAGUGGGUACAGGAAGGCACGGAAGCGUAGUUUCGAUGUCUGGAAAGAUGAUUGGAAUAGACUAUAGGUACUUUAAGCAAAAAUGUUAUUCUGUUGUUUAGAAUGAAGCACUCAACAUCAAUGAGAUUUUCGAAGAGAAAAAUGUUUUCCAAAUCUACAGGUAAUUGAUUGGGACCAAUAUUUUUUGAAGUUCUUUAAGUUCUUUAAAAAGGUCAUUCACUUUUAUUAUUUUUUUGGGUGGAAGGUUUUUAAUAUUGAGAAAGUAAUAGAAUUCUCUAUAUUGUCGCAGAAAGUGGUGCGUUUGCCAGCAUGUUAAGAAUCUUACUUGGAAUCUAGAAAAUACUGAGCAAAAAGAUUAUCACGUUUAUUCUGGAUUCUACACGAAUGGAUUGCGGAUAUACAAGGUGGAAUUUUUAAAUGGAAUAAAUUCAGUAUCAGAAAGCCUGUUUAUUUUCUGGAAAAAUAUAAAAUAUUUUUAGUUUGGCACAUUUUUUCUUAAGAGUAGAAACCACCCCCAACUUUUUUUUUCCAAAUGUGUAUUGUGAUAGCUCGUUGGAAUGGGCAUAAAAAAGAAAAAUGAUCCAUUAUUUACUUUUCCAUUUCGGUGAUCUAGAAAGCGAGAAAAAAAUAAAGACAUAUUUUUCCACAUAAUUUUUUUACAGUUAAAACUGUUGAAUAUCUUUAGCAAUUCUUCUUGGUAGAACCCUAAUGCGAAACAAGCCUCAUUUGUAACGUUACGUAAUUAUUUCUGACGUUAACACACUAUUUGAUGCCUGGUACUCGAAUUCUCAAACCUAAAAUAGUGUGUUAAUGUCAGAAAUAAUUAUAUAACUAGAUCGCCGAAAUGCAAAAGUAAAUAACGGGUCAUAUUCCUUUUUUUAUGUCCAUUCCAACGAGGUAUCACAAUACAUAUCUUUACAUUUGAAAAAAAAAGUUGGGUAUGGUUUCUACCCUAAACAGGAGCGCAAAUUCCAUGAAAAGGCCGAAAAAAUGUGCCAAACUGAAAAUAAAGGGACCCGUUUUUUUUAAUUUCUCCAGGAACUAAACAGGCUUUCUGAUACUGAAUUUAUUCCAUUUAAAAAUUCCACACUGUAUAAAGGACAGUAUUACUUAGUAGUUUUUAGUUUAAGUUUGACUGUGAUAUGAUUUAGAUAGCGAUUAUUGUUGAGAAUUGUAAGGAGUUUGUUUUUUUGAGUUAAUUAGUGAAGUAAUUAGUGUCAGAAUGUAUAGUAAC